GUCGGCGCUCGGCCAAUGGCGUCGCUCCGUCGCCCCGCCGCUUCCUGGUUGACGUCCACUUAUCAUCGACCCCGCGGCGUCACGAGCGCCUUCUCCGCUCUGCCCGCACGAGAGAGACACUGCGCCGUCCCUGCACACAGUGAGGCCGGAAAGAUCCAGAACCAUGUCCAUCCUGAAGAUCCACGCUCGUGAAAUUUUUGACUCCCGUGGCAACCCCACCGUGGAGGUUGACCUGUACACCAAGAAAGGUCUUUUCAGAGCUGCAGUGCCCAGCGGUGCUUCCACAGGCAUCUAUGAGGCCCUGGAGCUCCGUGACAAUGACAAAACACGCUACAUGGGCAAAGGAGUCAAAAGAGCAGUUAAAUAUAUAAAUGAAUUCUUGGCCCCUGCAUUGUGUAACCAGGAUGUGAGUGUUGUGGAUCAGGAGAAGAUCGACAAGCUGAUGCUGGACAUGGAUGGCACAGAAAACAAGUCAAAGUUUGGUGCUAAUGCCAUCCUGGGCGUCUCCCUGGCUGUGUGCAAGGCUGGUGCAGCAGAGAAGGGCGUUCCCCUCUACCGCCACAUCGCUGACCUGGCUGGAAACCCUGAAGUCAUCCUCCCAGUCCCUGCUUUCAACGUCAUCAAUGGCGGCUCCCAUGCAGGCAACAAGCUGGCCAUGCAGGAGUUCAUGAUCCUGCCCGUGGGAGCCAGCACCUUCAAGGAGGCCAUGCGUAUUGGCGCUGAGGUCUACCACAACCUGAAGAACGUCAUCAAGGAGAAAUAUGGCAAGGACGCCACCAACGUAGGAGACGAAGGAGGCUUCGCCCCCAACAUCCUGGAGAACAAGGAAGCUCUGGAGCUGCUGAAGAACGCCAUCGCCAAGGCCGGCUACACUGACAAGAUUGUCAUUGGCAUGGACGUGGCCGCCUCCGAGUUCUACAAGGAUGGAAAGUACGACCUGGACUUCAAGUCUCCCGACGACCCAAGCCGCUACAUUUCCUCUGACAAGCUGGCUGACCUCUACAGGAGCUUUGUCAAAGAUUACCCCGUUGUGUCCAUUGAGGACCCCUUUGACCAGGAUGACUGGGAGGGCUGGUCCAAAUUCACAGCCAGCACCAGUAUCCAGGUGGUGGGCGACGACCUCACCGUCACCAACCCCAAACGCAUCGCCAAGGGCGUGGCCGAAAAGGCCUGCAACUGCCUGCUGCUCAAAGUCAACCAGAUUGGCUCUGUCACAGAGUCCCUGCAGGCCUGCAAGAUGGCCCAGAGCAGCGGCUGGGGUGUGAUGGUCAGCCAUCGCUCCGGAGAGACAGAGGACACCUUCAUCGCUGACCUGGUGGUCGGUCUCUGCACUGGACAGAUCAAGACAGGCGCACCUUGCCGAUCUGAGCGCUUGGCCAAGUACAACCAGAUCCUCAGGAUUGAGGAGGAGCUUGGCGACAAGGCCCGUUUUGCUGGCAAGAACUUCAGACACCCCAUCUGAGAGGGGGUCUUCCUCUUCGGGCCUUUGUGUGUGUGCGCAUUGCUCAUGAAUAACACACACACAUAUACGCCACGCUAGGUCACCUGCCCUGUCGGGAGAGAAGCAGGAGAAACAUCACCGCUGAAAUCCAAGGUCCAAGUCUGUGGUCUGUGGCGUGGAGAAACAACAGAACAUCCCUGGUACAACCACAGUCCGGCUCAUCCUCAAACAAUGCUUCAGCUCCUGAUUAGUGUUGGUCCCUAUGUUUGUGUCUGUGUAACCGUGUGAGAGGUUUCUGUUUAGCUUCUUGUGAGUUCUUGUGAUUCUUGGAGUAUUUGAGCUACUGUAACUUUAGUAUGGUGCUGCCUCGAGCAGUGGCAAGAGUACUGUAUGUGCAAUGUGUCGCGUCUAACAAGGUCUUGUGCUGCUGUAAGCGUUGGCGGAAAUAUAUAUUAAAUAAUAUAGUUUGAAA